AUGCAACCCCACGCGAACCCGACCUUACUGGCGCUUCUCCUCUUCCUCACAGCCGCUGCAAUCGCCAUUGCCGUCCCACACCCAAUGAAUGGUCUCACCCCCAGCCAAGCUCACGAGAAUCCUCUCCCCUCACGUACAACACCACAUCAAUCUCCUCAAAAACGAGAUUCCUCCUUCAGAAUCGAGAAGCUCCCCAAUGGCUAUACCGGCAUCUUCACCACCUUCGUCUCCAUCUGUCCCAAACUCCCCGCCACCGCAACCUUCAUCCGCUUUUUCAAAAACGCCGCGGCCCAAUCCGCCACGGACCCUUCGCCCGGUCGCCGCCACCAGCGUUUCACGUUUGGGGCGCUGGCGCUGGAGUUGGUGGUGCAGGGGCAGGAUAAGGUGGCGGCGAGUCUGUGGUUGCUGGAUGCGGCGAUGAAGGGAUGGACGGGGUUCUUUAGGGCGUGGGUGACCGAUGGGAGCGACAAUGAGGUUGUGGAGAUUAGGAUGGGGACGGUUUUCGAUAUGCCGGCUGCAGACGGAACGUAUAUUGAGCCUUGA